UAGAAGAACAAGUAGAAGAUCACCAACAAGAAGAUGAACAAGAACAAGAACAACAACCAUUAGAUAAUAAUGAUAAUAAUGAUGGAAAUGGUAAUAAUAAUGGUAAUAAUAAUAAUGGUGAAGAACAAGAACAACAAUUAAUAGAAGAAGAAGGAAGUAUUCAUUUAUCACAAACUAAAUAUCCAUUUGUUGAAUUAUCAUCAUUUACAACAACUAAUAUAGAAGUAAUAUAUGAUCAAUUAAAUAUAUAUAGUACUCCUUUAUUUACUAUAAUUACAACUGUUAAUAUUAAUGAAGAACAAGAUCAAUUAUUAGAUAAUCCUAUUUAUAAGGAUCAUCCUUUAUUUAAUAAGACUGGUUUAACUGUUAGUAGAAAAAUGAAGGAUUUUGAAUGGUUAUAUGAAAAUUUAAAAAUAGAUUGUAUUGGAUGUUUAAUACCACCUAAAGAUUUAUUAACAACAAAUAUAGAUAAAUUAUAUGAACAAACAAGUACAGAUCCUAAAAUAUUAAAAGGAAAAUAUCUUUCUUUAUUUUUAUCAUUUUGUGCUAGACAUCCUAUUUUAUGUAAAAGUUAUUUAUUUUGGGAUUUUAUUUCAGGUAGCGAAGAAGAAUUUAAUAAUACAAUGAAAACACAAUAUUCAAUUAUUGAUCCAAAUUUAUUAAAUAAUUUAAAUAAUAAUACAACUAAUAAUAAUACAAAUGAAAAAUCUAAUAGUAGUAGUAGUGGAAGUAGUAGUAGUGGUGUCAUGAUAAAGAAAGAGAAUAUGUUAAUCAAAUAUCAAAACAAUUAA